AUGGUUAACAUGACUUGUAUUUCCCAAAGUGCCCUGCAUAUUAAGAAAAAAUGGCAGAAAUUCAACAGGGCAAUUGGCAUGAAUCCAUCCCAGCUGGUGGACAUCACCUUCGAGCCUUCCUACAGCAGCUCCCAACUCCAGGUUGCCAGGCGGGAGUUCCAGACCAGCAUUGUCUGCCGGGACAUUGACACAGCAGCCAAGUUUAUUGGUGCUGGGGCUGCCACAGUUGGGGUGGCUGGUUCAGGGGCCGGCAUUGGGACAGUGUUUGGCAGCUUAAUCAUCGGCUAUGCCAGGAACCCGUCGCUCAAGCUGCAGCUCUUCUCCUAUGCCAUUCUGGGCUUUGCCCUUUCUGAGGCCAUGAGGCUCUUCUGUUUGAUGGUCACCUUCCUCAUCCUUUUUGUCAUGUGA